UUCCUCAAUCUCCUCUCUCUCCUCUCUCUUUCUCUAAAGUCUAACAAUGGCCUCUGGAGCACCAUUGUCUUCCUUUGUCUGCUAUUUGCUUGUCCUGUGCACCGUCGCCCAGGCUACGCACCCUGGGCUCAUUUUAACCGUGGUCAACAACUGCCCCUUCACCAUCUGGCCCGCCAUUCAGCCCAACGCCGGCCACGUCCUGCCGGAGCGGGGCGGGUUCGCCCUCGAGACCCUGACCCACCACUCCUUCUACGCCCCGGCCCAGCACUGGUCGGGCCGGAUCUGGGGCCGCACCGGCUGCACCCACCACAACGGCCAUUUCACCUGCGCCACCGGCGACUGCGGCGGCCGCAUCCAGUGUGAGGGCUUGGGCGGCGCCACCCCCGCCACGCUGGCGCAGUUCACCCUCCACCACGGGCACGCCGACUUCUCCUCCUACGGGGUGAGCCUGGUGGACGGGUUCAACCUGCCGAUGACAGUGACGCCGCACGAGGGGAAGGGGGUUUGCCCGGUGGUGGGGUGCAGGGUGAACCUGCUGGAGACGUGUCCGCCGCAGCUGCAGGUGAGGGGGGCGGCGGGACACGUGGUGGGGUGCAAGAGCGGGUGCGAGGCGUUCGGGACCGACGAGCUGUGCUGCAGGAACCAUUACAACAGCCCGCAGACGUGCAAGGCGUCUAUCUACUCGGAUUUCUUCAAGCACUCCUGCCCCAACACCUUCACCUUCGCCCACGACAGCCCCUCCCUCAUACACGAGUGCUCGGCGCCGCGCGAGCUCAAGGUCAUCUUUUGUCACUAAAAGAUUACACAGAGCAAAACUCCAUCCACUGUUUUUUUUUUUUUUUUUUCUUUCUUUCUUUCUUUCUUUUCAGUGUCCCUGUGUUUUGUUUUGUUUUGUUUUGUUUUUUUGGAUUAUGCAUCGUGUAUCCGUGUCUAUUUUACGAUUCACGUAACUAAGGGGUUUUAUGGAUGUGUAUGGUAUGCAAAGGCACAGUUCGACACUUGUGUAGUUAGUCUCUUGAAGCUGUAAGCUGUUAAAGUGUUAAGGCCUGUUUAUGUUUGGACUUUCA